GAGGUUUGCCCACCGCCGAGUGUGGAGGGGGGCAGGGGUGGUCGCGGUCGCGUUUUCCUCUGUCCUCCGCCCUGCUGUCGUUCGCCCGCGAGCCCGCGAGGUGGACUCCGUCGCGGAGGCGGAGCUGAAGGCCAAGUACAAGGUGAAAGACCACUGCACCUUUCUGGUCUUCAAGGACGGCAACGAGACGGGCGCCUACACGGGGCCCUACGGGAAGGCGGACAUCGUCGACUACAUGCACAGCCUCAUGCUGCCACCUGGCGUAGGCACCGUGUGCACUUGGCCUGCUUGUCGCACAGAUAGGUGUGAGCAUUUGCUCGGGGGCAGAAGCAUGAGUUCUCUGCCCUCGAUGCGCGGACACUGCUCGCGUGCGUUCUGCGCCCCUCCUUUCGAUUCCUGUACCUGGGUGCGUUCCCCUCCUGUCCCUUCCCUGCCCUACAGUCAACGCGCAUAGUAAGGAUGGACAACCUUCCCAAGGGUACCCUUGCAUCCUUGCCCUUCGGCCCAUCCUUGGCCGCUCUCGUUGGCCGCGCCCCG